GCAACCUCGCUCACUUCACCACCACAUACAUAUGCUCUGUAUGAAAUUUCUCUAGCGUGUACGUCACACACCGCGAUCUCCGUCAGUUCAUACCCGCCGUCCACGCCCCCAGUUCCUUCCAAUCACGUCAACAUCCAGAUUGCAGCUCCGCCAUCGUCUCCUUGCAAGCUUUGUCUUGGUUCGAAUUUUCUUGCUGCCUGUUGAGUCCAGGUUCAUGAGAGCUGGACGUCCUACUACAACCAGCUGACUAUAGUGCCACCGACGGAUUGACCACAAGUUGUGGCUGAAAAUACCUGGCUUAUAACAAUCAAGAAUCAAAGUAAUAACCGCUAGCCGUCCAGUAAAACCCAAUAGAUGGAAGGCCGAGUUCCUUUCAGAGAUAUUACAAAUGUUCACUCGACGACUUCACCAAAAGGGAACCAACUAUCUGUGGUUGCAGAGCAGAAUGAUCCUUUAGCAGAAACCAAAAACGCUAUGCAAAUGAAUUCUUCCCAGCGUAAGCGUUACCGCGGCCGGGAUAGGUAUUUGCAAAUGACUCCAUAUCAGAGGGAAGCCUAUCUGCAAAGGAAUCGUGAGUAUAAAAGAAUGUGGCGUGAGUACAGUGCAAGUUGUAACAACACACAACCAGCACCACAACAGAAAAUUUGAGAGCUACUAAUAAUAACCAAUACAUGACAGGAGAGGAAGUCAUGGCCAUUUCAAACUAUGAGAGGCACGAUUCAGUUUUUACUCAGCUAGGGUCUUCAUCAAAAGGCAAGCAAGUGGCAGAAAAUGGUGGUUCUGAGACAAGCCGUCCAAAAGCUGGAACUCGGUUCACUAUCAGUCCAUCUGGCAUAUAUUUAUCAUCAAUAUCCUCGGAAGAACAAGCUGCAAAAUAUGAAUUGAAAAAUGUAGGUCAGCGUAAGCGGCAACAUUGCACCAAUGUGUACUCACAACUGUCACAUGACCAGGAAGAAACACACGUACAAGAGAUUUGUGGCCCUAAUAAAAGAAAGAGGUCAGAAAAAGAAAGUUGUAGUACCGCACGGGAUCCUGGUAGAAAUACCAACAACUUGCAUGAAGACAUCAUUUAUGUGCCCCAGGAUUAUUUUCCUGUCGUUCAUGAUUAUCUGGCAAAUACCAAAGACAACAUUGAGUGCGAUGAAGUGGACGAUGAAAGUCUUAUGUAUAAUGGACCAGGUCUUGACUUUGAAUCAUAUCAAGAACCAAAGCAUGUUACAAAAUGUAUACAAGCAGACCCAUAUGAUCGUAUAUAUCAUAAUGUGCCCAGUGGUCAUCAUUUUCUAGAGCGAGUGCCCAACUGUAGACAUUGUAAUGCGAAAAGGUUCCAAUAUGAGACACCAACUUUUUGUUGCAUGAAUGGAAAGGUGAAGAUAGUAACCCCAGUGGUUCCUGACGAUUUGCGUCAGCUCUACACGAGUCAGGAUCCAAAUGCAAAAUACUUCCAAGAUCAUAUACGGUACUUCAAUUCUCAUUUCUCUUUUACCUCUCUUGGUGUCAUCUUGGACCAAAGGUUCUGCAAUAGGAGGUCUGCAGUUUACACCUUUCGUGCACAGGGCCAAAUUUAUCACCGUAUUGACCAGUUGGUUCCAAAAGAAGAUGGCCCCAAGCAUUUACAGUUAUACUUCUAUGACACGGAUGCAGAUUUGCAACAAAGAUUUCUUCACUCGCCUAACUUAAACCAAAUUCUCAUCCGGAAGUUAGUAAAUAUACUUCCGGUGGUGAGGCAUGGCACUAGAGCACAAAUUACAGAUGCUACACUAAAAAAGUCUUAUCUUUGGCCAGACAUAAGACAUAUCAAACUAUGGCGCAAUAUGAGGGCAUUGUUUGAUCCAUGGUUCUCUGAUUUUCUCCUUAGAAUUGGUAAUGGUACAGAGGAAUCAAUUGGUCAAGAAUACGUGCGCCUGCCUGAAGAAAUUGUUAUAGGUUACACAUAUGAAAAGGCCUCUGCUGGUAAGUUAAUUGAUGAUAUCUUCCCUUUAAUGGACAAAAAUGGAAACUCGCCAUCUUAUAUUAGUGCACGUGCCAUUCUUUCCACAAAGAAUGAAUAUGUGGAUGAGUUAAAUGAAAUGCUUAUUGAGCGAUUUCCUGGAGAAGAAAAGGUCUAUUACAGUUUUGACUCGGUGGUUGAUGAUCCACAUAAUCACUAUCAACCUGAGUUCCUAAAUUCACUCACACCUAAUGGCCUACCUCCGCAUAUUCUCAGAUUGAAGAUCAACUGCCCUGUUAUUUUGAUUCGCAAUCUUGAUCCUUCUAAUGGUUUAUGCAAUGGUACAAGGCUUAUUAUUAAGGCAUUUCAAGAUAAUGCUAUUGAUGCAGAAAUUAUUGGCGGACAAUAUGCUGGGAAGUGAGUGUUCCUUCCACGAAUUCCUCUCUAUCCUUCAGAGGAUGAUGUUCUCCGCUUCAAGUUUAAGAGAAAACAAUUUCCAAUUCGGCUUAGUUUUGCCAUGACAAUCAACAAAGCCCAGGGUCAAACCAUCCAAAAUGUUGGCAUAUAUCUUCCUGAGCCGGUGUUUUCUCAUGGACAACUCUAUGUUGCUUUGUCUAGAGGCACAUCAAGACAAACAACUAGAAUACUUGCAAGGCCAAAUAAGGAAAUUGAUCCAUCAGGGAAAAGCACAAAAAAUAUUGUCUACAGGGAUGUUUUGGUAUAAUCCAUGUACAUGUUGUGUACUGCAGUGUGAUGUUUCUAAUAUGGUUGUAUUCAUGUAAAUAGUAUCCAGGAAAAAUAAUGUUAGAUAGGGUUUCAGUCAUUAGCUUGCCUUAUGAAAAUUGUAGGCCAAAAGAUAU